AUGCUGCAGGCACUGACUGGACUACAGUUUCAGCUCAGAGGAAAGCUACAGGAUCAAAAGUGGCCAGACAAGCACCCUCGAGAAGAAACCCAUGCACAUUAUUCACAGUGUCACAUGCCAGUUUCACAGCAUCCUGCAUUCAAUGGAUCUUUUCCGAUGGGAACUCACUUUUCAUCAGACAAAGCUCCGGCAAUUUCAGAGGUACAAACACACUUGGAAAAUCAGUCUAGAUACCACAUACAGCAGAGCCAGAGGCACCAAGUGAAGCAGUACUUGACCCUUGAUACCAAGCUGUCCAGCCAGACACUUUCCCUCUCCCACUCUCACACAAUCCAGCCUGUGGGAGUGACCUCUAUUCUCAGAAACGGACACAUGCCUCCAGUCAGUGAUAUUGGCACGCCGGAAAGCCCCGUUACCAAGCUGCUGGCCCUUGGAGGCGAACACGAAAAUGCGAUGGAAGAGGUGAUUGAAGACAUAAUCAAUAUGGAAUCAAAUUUUAAUGAUGAAGGCAUAGGUUGUUCUGAAACUCCUUUACUAAUGCAAAGAACUCUAUCUAGCAGCAUUUUGGAUAUAUAUAACAGUGACCAGGGAAUGGCACCAGCCAAUAUGAGUCUCACAAAUGCUUCUUGCCCAGCUAAUCUACCAGUAAAAAGGGAACUCACAGAAGCAGAUACAAGAGCAAUGGCAAAGGAGAGACAAAAAAAGGAUAACCACAAUCUCAUUGAGAGAAGAAGAAGGUAUAAUAUUAACUACCGAAUCAAGGAGCUUGGCACCCUCAUCCCCAAGUCCAAUGAUCCUGAUAUGCGCUGGAACAAAGGGACUAUUUUAAAAGCAUCAGUGGAGUACAUCAAGUGGCUACAGAAAGAACAACAGAGAGCCAGAGAAUUAGAACAUAGGCAAAAGAAAUUAGAGCAUGCUAACAGAAGACUCCUACUCCGAAUUCAGGAACUGGAGAUCCAGGCACGUGCACAUGGCCUCCCAGUCAUGUCUUCACUCACUGCUGUCGAUUUAGCUGCACAGGUCAUCAAGCAACAGUCUUAUCCAGAGGAGAACUCUGUAGACUACUCUCAACAAAUGCCUCUGGUACAUGGACAAAAUUCUGAUGUUUGUGAUGGAUCUACAGCCUUUUCUGAUCCACUUUCACACUUCACGGAUUUGUCCUUCAGUGCAGCUUUAAAAGAAGAACAACGUCUAGAGGAAAUUUUAUUGGAUGACACAGUGUCGCCAUUUGGAACAGAUCCACUCUUGUCCUCCACGUCCCCAGCUGCAUCAAAAGAGAGCAGCAGGAGAAGCAGCUUUAGCACAGAUGAUGGAGAUGAUUUAUAAAAACAAAAGUGGUCUCAUACUUCUGUAAACCACUUGCUAAAAGACCGCGUUGAAUGUAAGCAUGUUGUUUGUUCUUACUUUAAAUACUUAUAAGGAGAGACACUGUGAAGAUGUUACUACAUGACAAAGGUUUAAAUCAGCCCUUACUUCACAGGAAAAUGAGAUGGACAUGAACUCAUAUCACUUUGGCCCAAAUUUACCUUCUGUUCACAGCUGACAUUUGCAUAAAUGUUUCUUCACUGGGAAUAUUUCUACUAUCAUUUCAUGACUUACAGUACUACAAAAGUGGUUACCACAAAAGGAAUACCCAUGUUACAAAACUGUAUUCAAACUCUUUUCAAUCUACUUACACUUUUUCUGCUAAAAACAUGAGUUUUAGUAAUUUGCUAAUUUCUUUCUUUUAUACCACUAAAAAUUCUACGAAAUGUGACGCAACAGAGAACUAUUUAAGCUGGGAACUGCAGAGAUGUUAUAGAUUUUAAAAUUUAAAAAUAAAGGUGGUAAUGCUUUCACACAAGUAAAGUAA